ACAUUGUUUUUGUUUUUUAUUUACGUGAUAAGCUGCUGCUUGUUUUGUGUAGGCAACUUUUAAGAAGCGAUUAAAAGUGGCAGAAUCAUGGCACUAAUACCGCCGGUAACACGUCUCACCUCCUCCAUCAUACGGAUCUUGGGCUGCAAUCCCAGUCCCAUGACAUUGCAAGGCACCAACACCUAUCUGCUGGGCAACGGUAAAAAGCGCAUAUUAAUUGACACGGGCGAUGAAAAUGUGCCGGAGUACAUAGAGCAGCUGAAUGGAGUGUUGCAGCAGGAGAAGGCAACCAUUGGCACCAUCAUAUUGACGCAUUGGCAUCACGAUCAUGUUGGCGGUGUGAAGGACAUUGUGGGCAGCACGUUGGCCGACAAGGUUCGCCUCAAUGCAGAUUGCCAGGUGUUCAAAUUCAAGCGCAGCGAUCAAACUCCCGACCUCUGCCCCGAGAUACCAAGUCACAUCCAAGUACAACCCCUUGUCGACAGCCAAGAAUUUGCGGUAGAUGGCGCCAAUGUGCGCAUUGUGCAUACUCCUGGCCACACCACAGAUCAUGUUGUGCUCACCACAGAUGACGGCACUUUGUUCAGCGGCGAUUGUAUACUGGGCGAAGGCACCGCUGUGUUCGAGGAUCUGUUCGAUUACAUGCGCAGUCUGGAUAAAAUCCUGAAGAUCGAACCGAAACGCAUCUUCCCCGGCCAUGGCAAUGUGAUUGAGGAGCCGCUGGGCAAAAUCGAGUAUUACAUCCAGCAUCGCAAUCAGCGCGAACAGCAGAUACUUCAGUUCUUUGUGGAGCGACCCUGUGCACCAUGGCAGGCCAUGGAUGUGGUCAAAGUGGUGUACAAGGAGACACCUGAGCAGCUGUGGCCAGCGGCUGCCUACAAUGUGGACCAUCAUCUUAGCAAGCUGCACAAAGAGGGCAAACUGCAGCUAAACAGUAGUGACGAUGACGCCAAAUCCUACAGCUACCAAGCAAGCAGCGCCCUCUAGAGUAAUGCUGAAGAACUGUAGCUGAAACUAUCGAUGAUUUGAUACUCUAUCGAUUGUAGACGUUUUGUAAAGUUAUAAAUUGUUAUUUAAAAUGAAUUUCUGUCAUGUAAAAAAUGCAAACUUGUUCUUUUUAAAACAAAACUUUAAUUCAAAUAAUUGUAUAUUGUAAUUGCAAUAAAUUUUUAAAUAUAUAUGAUUUUAAAAAAAAAAACUGUGGGUGAACAUAAAACUCUAAAGCAAAGUUUGCUUAUAUUGAAGAUAUAAUAUUAAUAUAAAUUUCAUAUAUGAACAUUUUUGAUUGUAAUUUGAGUAUAAUUUUAAUAUACUAUCAACUCUUAUAUCGGGCAUACUAUCGCCGCUUAUCGAUAGUUUUUUAUUUUGAAAAGAUUGAAACGUGGAAAUCUGUAUAGUAUAAAUUCAAUUUUUAGGGCACUCUCGGCUUCACUAUCUUCGACAAUCGAUUGUUCCCUACCCAGAAAAUAAGCGUUAAGCAGUUUUAAAGGAUUAUGCACUAGAUUUAUAUUUAUGCUACACAUUAUCAUUUACAUAUGGAGAAGUGUGGAAGUGUGUGGACGACGAUUUAACGCUUGCCUCGUCCCUUGCCCCCCUUGGCGCCACCCUUGCUGCCCUUCUCACGCCGCUUCUUGGCCACAAUGGAGCGUUUGUCCUUCUUCUCACGUGGAUCAACGACACGAUAACGUCCCUUGACACCGGCCGGACGACGAGCACGUCGGGAUGCUGUGUGCUUCUUGGCCACCACAUAGGUGAUCUCCUUCUUCUUCUCCUGGGCCUUCUUG